AUGUAUCUCUCCCUCCUCGACCUGGGCUCCAUCUCCACCACUGUCCCCAAAACCAUGGCCAAUUCCCUCUGGGACACCAGGGCCAUCUCCUACACAGGAUGUGCUGCCCAUGUCUUUCUGCUUUUCUUCUUCCUUGGAGCAGAGUGUGCCCUUCUCACUGUCAUGGCCUAUGACCGCUAUGUUGCCAUCUGCAAACCCCUGCACUGUGGGACCCUCCUGGGCAGCAGAGUUUGUGUCCACAUGGCAGCAGCUGCCUGGGCCAGUGCUUUUCUCAAUGCUCUCCUGCACACUGCCAAUACAUUUUCACUCCCCCUCUGCCAAGGCAAUGCUGUGGACCAGUUCUUCUGUGAACCUCCGCAGAUCCUCAAGCUCUCCUGUUCACACUCCUACCUCAGGGAAGUUGGGCUUCUUAUUUUAAGUUCUUUGUUAGCAUUUGGCUGCUUUGUUUUCAUCGUGCUGUCCUAUGUGCAGAUCUUCAGGGCCGUGCUGAGGAUCCCCUCUGAGCAGGGACGCCACAAAGCCUUGUCCACGUGCCUCCCUCACCUGGCCGUGGUCUCCUUGUUUCUCAGCACUGCCAUGUUUGCCUACCUGAAGCCCCCCUCCAUCUCCUCCCCAUCCCUGGAUCUGGUGGUGGCAGUGCUGUACUCAGUGGUGCUUCCAGCAGUGAACCCCCUCAUCUACAGCAUGAGCAACCAGGAGCUCAAGAAUGCAGUAUGUAAAGUAUUUGAUUACAAGCUACUUCGUAUUAAGAAG